AAACUCCCAACCACAGCAAAGUAGCUAACCAACUUAGCAACAAGAAGCCCCAGCAGCAGCUCCAGCUGCACAAGAGAUGAACAAGCUUCACGUCGCCACGGUGGCUUCCCUCCUGGCGCUGGCCGCCGCAACGGCCGGCGCCGUCACGUUCGAUGCGACGAACACAGCGUCCAACACCCCCGGCGGGCAGCGGUUCGACCAGGCCGUCGGCGUCAACUACGCCAAGCAGGUCCUCUCCGACGCGUCCACAUUCAUCUGGAACACCUUCAACCAGCGCAGCCCCGCCGAUCGCAAGCCCGUCGACGCCAUCACCCUCGUCGUCGAGGACAUCGGCGGCGUGGCCUUCACGAGCGCCAACCGGAUCCACCUCAGCACCCAGUACGUCGGUAACUACUCCGGCGACGUCAAGACGGAGGUCACCGGCGUGCUGUACCACGAGACGACGCACGUGUGGCAGUGGGACGGGCAGGGCAAGGCGAACGGCGGCCUCAUCGAGGGCAUCGCCGACUACGUGCGGCUGAAGGCCGGGUACGCACCGUCGCACUGGGUGAAGCCGGGGCAGGGAGAUCGGUGGGAUCAGGGGUAUGAUGUGACGGCGAGGUUCCUGGACUACUGCGACUCGCUGAAGCCGGGCUUCGUCGCGCUGCUCAACGCCAAGAUGAAGGGCGGCUACACCGACGAUUUCUUCGCGCAGAUCCUGGGGAAGACCGUGCAGCAGCUGUGGAAGGAUUACAAGGCCAAGUACGGAGGCUGAUGAUGCAAAUAGGUGGUGCGAAGUCAACACGUCAAUGCUUUUAUUAGUCUGAUAUAAGAUGAGAUAAUUGAAUAAGGUGUUUGUUCAUCAUCGCAA